CCGCAGCGGAAGGCCGCCCACUGUGGCAGAGACCGCCGCGCACGUUGCAGUACGAUAUAAAAGACAGGUGCCUGCGGUCUGCAGGUACAGUCUGCUCCCACAGCAACAACCUUAUCCACACAGCAACAUGAAGUUCUUGGUGGUCGUGCUGGUCGCGUGUGUGGCGAUGGUGUCCUGCCAGCAGGAGCUGCAGCGCGAGAAGCGUGGAUACCUCGGCCUGGGGGCCGGACUGCUGGCCGCCCCCGCCGUCGCCGCCCCCGCUGUGGUCGCCGCCCCCGCAGUCGCCGCCGUCGCUGCCCCUGCAGUUGUCGCCGGACCCGCCAUCGGCUACGGAUAUGGCUACCUCGGCGGUGUCCACGGAAGGCUGGUGCACGGUUGAAGCGCCUUCCUCUCUAACCAGCUUGUAUUGUGUUUCUUUGUUGCUGUGGCCUCAUUAAAGCUCCUUUUUGUAAUAUAACAUACUGAGUUUCUUUGUCAUUUUCUCUCUUAAAGUACCAGAGUACCUAUUUACAUCGUAGUAUCAUGAUUUGACAUCACCAAUGGAGUCAACAGAGAAAGGGAGUGCCAUCCACAU